UGGUAAUGCGCUACGAGAUGCAGUAAGGUGGGGGUACAAACAGGUUUGCGAGUUCUUUGCCCCCCCCACACUCUCACUGCCAAUCCCCGCGAUGAAGAACGGGCAGCUUAGAAGAAGCAAAGAAAUAGCAGACCACCAGCCGCUCCCCGCCAAACGCCAUGCUUCACCUAUCCUGAGUAAAAACGUCCCCACCCCAGAGUUGUGAUGCAGAUCUGCAAGCACAAGACGGUUUGUAAUGCGCGAUCCCAUGAGGGGCAUUAUCAAUCGCGUUUUGGAACUUGUAAUGCUGUAAACAACAUAAGGAGAUCGAUUUGUUAUGCGGCUUCCCUUGCUAAACUGCACUACACUACAGUCUGCAACUUGUCAUGCGUGGUUUCCAAAACUUCAAGAUAUGUGUUGCAAAAUCCCCAUCUUGACUCUGCGGUGGUGACGUUUUUACAUUGGAUAUCACCUCCCGCCGGCGCGGCGGGUCGCUUCGCUCGGUGCGCCGACGUGCAUGCUCGACGGGACGGGGCAUUUAUGCAUUGCAAAAGUGUCUGGAUCUGGAAAGUUGGAACUUGUAAUGCUGCUCUUGCAUUCCGGUGAAAUCUGUAUUGCAUGACCAAGAACAGUGGUAGCCUCUUAUGUCAUACAAAAACGCAGUUUCUCAUGCGGAGUUCGUAUGAGAAGGCGUGCUGCAACCUUGGCAUGCUUUCCUGCAUAAGGAAGUGACUUCCUCUUGCACAUUUUAGCAUCACAAAUUUCCAGACCCAGACAUAUUUGCACUUGAUAGCAUUUUGUCCCCAGCAAAACGAAGGUGAAGAAGACGCUGGAGAAGCAAACCCGGCCGCUCCCGGAGAUCACCAAAUACCUGAGUCAGUUCGGCAUCGGCAAGGCGAAGACCAAGCAGGAGCGGCGGCUGCAGUACUACGAAGUCGUAUCCAAUCAAAAUCUGUCUGGGUCUCGAAGAUGAAUCGAAAUUUCUGAUGCGAGGACAUGAUGCCUGCCAUACAAGAAGAACCUGUAAUCUAUUUGCAUGUUGACCAGUAGAAGGAGCGACACAGAAAGUCGUGCCAAGGACUACACCAGAGGCUGCACGGUAGAAGUCGCAGAACCUGUGAAGUAGAUGCUAGGCCACGCAUUCCAGACCUCGCGAGGUUGCAUGAAGCAGCUACAGUUCUGCAUGUUUUGACAAGUGUAGUUGCAUCGAUCCUUCCAGACGAGGACCGCGAAUUUGGACUUGAUAAUUUACCAGCGGGAGCAACUUCGCGCCGAAGUUUUUGAACCAGCUGAAACCCCGCAUGUGGUUCAUCGGUUCGGCGGUGAAGGACGAGCAGCUGCCCGCCCCAAAACUGCCCGAGAUCGCCUUCGCCGGGCGUAGCAACGCGGGGAAAUCGACGCUGCUGAACAAUCUGACCGGCAAUUUGUCGAAGGCCUUCGUGUAUCAACUGUAAAAAUGUCUGGGUCUGGAAGAAUGCAAGUUUGUCAUGCUUGUCUGGCAUGAUUCGAGAAUCUGUGUUGCAUAGGCACAAAAAAGCCCUCUUACCUGUCAUGCAAAAACGCAGUUUGCCAUGCGGAAUACGUAAGACAUGGCAGCCAAAAAAUUUGUCAUGCAUAACUGCGUACUGCAGUGCGUCGAUCAUUCAUUUUUAGCAUUACAAGUUUCCAGACCCAGACAUUUUUACGAUUUGAUAUCGUGAAGCAGACCCCCGGGAGUACGACCACUUUGAACUUCUACAACCUGGGCCAGCCCUCCAUGCUCCGGUUCGUGGACCUUCCGGGAUACGGGUUUGCCAACGUCAGCGAGGAACAGCGAACCACGUGGACGGAAUUCAGCCUAAAGUACCUGAAGUACCUAUCCCGGGAAAGAACGUCCCCACCCCGUAGUCCAGAUGGGGAUUUUGCAACACAAACCUAGAAGUUUUGGGACUCACGCAUGACAAGUUGCAGUCCGUAGUGUAGUGCAGGUUAGCGAGGAGAGCCGCAUUACAAAUCCGUUUGGUUGUCCCGUUCACAGCAAUACAAAGUCCAAAACACGACUGGGAACACCUAUCAUGGGGAUACGCGUCGCAAAUGGUCGCGUCAGUGCGAAUCUGCAUGACAACUCUGUGGCGGGGACGUUUUUUCUCUUGAUGGUACCGGAAAACGCUGCAGCUCGUGUGCCUCCUGGUGGACAGCCGACUCGGGCUGCUGGACUCCGACCGGGAGUUUCUCGCGUUCUUGGAGCGCAGCCGGGUGAAGUGGCAAUAUGGAAUGCAAAUAUGUCUGUGUCUGGAAACCUGUCAUGCAAGGAAGGGAAUAGUGAGUACUACACUGUAAUGCGCUGCCGAGCAUGACAAUUUUUUCACUGCUUCUGAGUUGCGUCCUCCGCAUGAGAAACUGCGUUUCUGCAUGACAGCGGAGCUCGUCUUCGCGGCCACGCAAUACAGAAGAGCUCAGAGUUAACAUGUCAGACUAGCAUGACAAAACCCGCAGUUGUCUCCCAACAUCCAGGGAUAUUUGCAUUUGAUAGAAAACUACUGUUCACGAAAGCAGACUUGGUGCAGCGGGGAACUCUCGCCAAGCGUAUGUCCAUGGUGUGGGAACACGAGCUCAACCUGUCCACCGCUCGGGGGAAUUAUCCGCAGCAACCGGUAGCGAGCGCGACCGCUGCAGCAUCAAGACGGCACUACAACUACAUGCACUCGCCGCCGAUUGCCAUCUCCGGGCAGAAGCGGCAAAACCUGGAGCAGGUGCGGAGCCUCCUCGAGAAGUUUGCGCUGAAAAAAGAAGUUGUUGUAUCCUGAGUAAAAACGUCCCCAUCCCAUAGUCAAGUUGCGAACUCUGCAAAACAAAUCCAGCAGUUUUGGGGGCCAUGCAUGACGAGUUCGUCUUUGUAGCGUAGUGCAGGUUAGCAAAGACAGUCGCAUCACAAACCCAUCGCUUUACUAUCCUGUUUACAGCAUUACACGUUUGGAAAUGCCUCGCAUGUAGAUGCGCAUUACAAAUGUGCAUGUCAUUGCAAAUCUGCAUGACAACUCUGGGACGCUGGGGACGUUUGUGCUCAGGACAUGUGGUUGACGGGAUCAAGCAAAACGUGUACGAUCUGAUCGAACUGACCCGGAUCCGGAAGCAGCAGAAGCAGGAACGACGGAAAAUCAAGUUGAGGCAGAAAGAGUACGAAAAAAAGAUGAAUGUGGGCGAGAAGGACGUGACGAGCACCUUGAAACGCUGGGGUUUGGAGGAGGACUUUGACGACGUCGAAGAGGAAAGCGUAGUCAAUGAUGUCGGAGCUGCUGCACCAGAGCCGGAGGAACUUGAAAGAACGAGCAGCACUUUAUUUUCCGCGGACGUCGUGCAGCGAACACAGACAAACCCUUCCGCGCAGUCACAAAUAGACCAUGCUCCAUCGAUGUCUACCGCAGGAGAGGUAGACGUGGCAACGAGGGCGGCGGGAGAAGCUGCAGACGAGAGUAGUGGAGGUGGUCCCACAGGAAUAAACGAGAGUGGUAGUCCCGCAGUCACCAGGCAAGACCGAGACUGCGAACCUGAGACAGCAGAGUGUUUGAGGCGAGAGAAGAUGUUUUUUUCCUCCGGACUGAGCCGCGCAGGUGAGCAGGAACAAACUAGUGGCAAGAACAUCGUAGGAACUAGUACAUCUGAUGCACGAGGAGGACACUACCGGGACCCCGCGGCCGUGGACGUGCCUUCAGGGGAACAGUUGGCGACCACCGGGGUAGAAGAUCAUCAACCGGGACUACGCUGUUCUACUGGAGAGGUAUACAACGCGGAUCCAUCUGGUGAAACGGAAGGCGAGUCUCGUCCUCCCGCUCUGGGUUUGUUGCGCUGCAAUAAUUACACGACUUCUAGUGCCUCACCAGAUAGCCACAGAUUUAUUUCCGCUUCGUCUGAAAAAUCCUCUGCCUCGCCGUUCUACUACGCAGUUCCCGAAGCUGAUGAUGGUGUUGUUCCGGAUGAGAAAGCUGUAGAUCAUGGACCGAGUUUUACUGGAGGCCGUGAGGAAGAAUUUGAAACUACAACUAAUGCAUCUUCCGAGCGACUGCCAGGCGAGAAAAUAAACCGCGCCGUGUUCUUUUUUCACAACGAGCCGCAAGAUGAGAAUCGGCGUAGCAGUGGGAAGACAAGCGACGGCAACCCGAGGGAGCUACACGGCUGCGAAGCGGGCGCUUUCACCCGACCAGAAGGAGCUGAAGCGACCGCGUCAAUGGCAAGUAAGUCUACGUCGAAUAAAGGAGACAUUUGGCGUAGCGUCCCGUGAAAAAACCACGCCCCCAAGUCCACCCGAGCGCCAAGAUGGGAAUAGAGCUGCUGGAUAACAAGUCGUCAGGUUUUGGCUGCUGCGCAUGACAGAAUUGGUUCUGCGAUGUUGUCGGGUUGACCUAGUGAAUUCGCAUCUUCACAGAUCGCGCGUCUUGUCCUGAUUGCAGCAUGGCAAAAUGCAAAACACCACCUGCACCAGAAGGCGUUCCAUAGGGUGCUUUCAGAUCUUUGCAUGGGCCAAAAAAUCUCUUGUGGGGGCGUUUUUACAUAGGAUAUGGCGACCGGAAGACGAGAGUUUUAUCACUUCCUUCGUUAUUGACGAUGCGGAAAGCGUGAGAACAUCGUCAUUUCGGGACAAAAAGAAGAAGCGCACGAUCGGAAAGCCCGUCAGAGAAAGUGGUUCUCCUGAGAAGAAAACGGCCUUUCCAGAUUUAGACGACAUCGCGAAAAAGGUUCAGAUAUCAAAUGCAAAUAUGGAUCUGGUGGGUCAUCCCCAUUGGGAGAUCGACGCGAGAUUUGUCGUGCUUGUCUGCCAUGACGAUUGCUGUGAGGUUUGUGAAGAUGCGUGUCCACUUAUUUGUGAUGGUUUUGCUUUUUGCUUGUCAUGCAGAAUAAACGCAGUUUCACCUGAUCUGGUUUGCGUAACGCAUAGGAGCCGCGUUACAAUUUGUUCGCAUGCUUACAUGUGCAUUAGAGGAGCAGUACAGCUUUCCUGAUCUCCCAGUAGACCUUGAGAUGAUAUUUGCAUCCGAUAGCAGAUGAUGCAGAGCCACACGAACUACCAAGAAGCGGAUUUCCUGCGUAACAAAAACCACCUCACGAAAACCCCCAGCCGGGAGGAGGUAACCAUCACGGAAGAAGAGCUCAGCAAGAUCGCGGACAGAAUUGAAAGCGACGGUAUUCGCGAGGACCAGGAGGAACAGAAAGGCUUUAGCAGUAGCGAGAACCUCCAAAAUUCGAAGGACGCGGAGCAGAUUGCGAAAAACCUAGUGUGGAAGAAGAAUUUGGCGGAAAAUAAAAAACACAAACUCUCGCUCGUGGAGGAAAAGGUAUCAAAUGUAAAAAUGUCUGGGUCUGGAAGGUUGGAACUUGUGACGCUAAGUUUGGACUCUAAAAAAAUCUGUAUUGCAUGACCAGCAAGGAAGAGGAUUCUAGUUUGUGCUACGCGGGGAGGGCAUUUGUCAUGCGGAGUAGGCAUCAGGAAGCCCUCUAAAAAUCUGUGACGCUAGGUCGUGCAUUACAGACAUCCUGGGCAAUGCAAAAUAUGCAUGAGGGAAUUUCCAAGAGUGCAAAAUAUGCAUGACAAACACUGCAACAUUCCAGACCCAGAUACUUUUGCAUUUGAUAAAAGGAAAAGAGGUUCCAAACAGAGUGGCGUACCGGGCUGGACAAUCGAGAUCAUCAUGAUGCAGAGCAGCUCGUCCUCGCCCCCCCAACUGCCGAUCUGAAUUUGCGGGUUCACCACCAAAGAGUUGAUGACAAGAUGAACUUCCUUUCGGCUCCGGCUCUCUCCUCCUCACACCAGCUGCCCGACUUGUCGAAACUGACGCCCCGGCAGCGGCAGGAGCACGUGCUUCGCGAAGAGGCCAGCACCCGGGCUUCUAUGCUAUUUGCAAAACUAUCGUACUAGUAUGAAUCGCCUGGCAAAUUUUCUCAGCGUGAGAAAUAAAAUUUGCAAUGCGGAUUUGACUUGAGAAGGAAAUUUGUAAUGCACCAUGACUACGAUUACUACGAGUACGAUACUUCUGCACAGGAUAGCGUCUCGGAUCGGGCUCUUUUCCGCGGACGAAACCGACGGCGUGAUUCCGAUAUCAAAUGCAAAAAUGUCUGGGUCGGGAAGGUUGGAACUUGUGAUGCUAACUUUGGACUCUAAAAAGAUCUGUAUUGCAUGACCACCAAGAGGAGUCUAGUUUGUGCUACGCGGGGAGGGCGUUUGUCAUGCGGACUAGCUAGGCAUCAGGAAGGGUUCUAAAAGUCUGUGAUGGUAGGGCAUGCAUCACAAACAAUCCUGGGUCAUGCAAAACAUGCAUGACAAGUCUCAGAAUCUUCCAGACCCAGACACUUUUGCACUUGAUAUCCGAAAGGAAUUCGCAAGUGGAAGUUCGUCGGGAAGCCGAAUCCGAAGUCCCCACUCCUCGCGCAGCCGCGCGAUGUAGCGCGGAUUCUGCAGACCAGUGACUGGAACCACUUGAAGAAAAAUCGGAAGUCGUAUGGCAGUGCGCAACCCCCUCUCCCCCUCAUCUGUAUAGCCUGCACGGCAAUACAAGCAGUAGCAAAAACGCCAGUUCUGCAAGACAAAUUUACACUGGAGUGGAGUGCUAUUUGGGCUAGUGCCAGAACUUGUCAUGCAUAAUAGUGACGGGAGGGAGAGGGACAGUCUGGAGUUGCUGCUUUGCAUGAGAAAUGAGAGCGAGGGGGAGUUGUGCACUCUCAUAAGUCGGGCAACGCUUUGACGUUCGAAGAGGGGCGGGAGAAGAUGAUGCGUAUGAAGUGCAAAUAUGUCUGGGUCUGGAAGAAUGCAAGACUUGUAAUGCAGAUUUUCCAUCGUGACCCCUGAGGUCUGAAAUGCGAGACCCAGCAUGACAGAUUCUUUGAGUGCUGUAUCAUGCCUUUCCUGCAUGAGAAACUCCCUGCUCUCAACUUGGUCAAAAGCGGACAGCUUUUGGUACUCACGCAACACAGAUUUUUGCAUCAUUCAGAUUUAGCAUGACAAGUUCUAAUCUUCCAGACCCAGACACUUUUGCAUUUGAUAAUGCGGUGGAUCGACCGAAAUCGGCGCAGACCGGGCUUUAUGGAUUGCAAAAAUGUCUGGGUCUGGAAGAUUGCCAAGUUUGUCAUGCAUGUUUCUCAUGACACAUGACGCCUGUGAUGCAUGACCUAGCAUCACAGGUUUUUAGAACCCUUCCAGAUGCACCUUCCGCAUGAGAAAUGCCCUGUUCGUGUAGCACAAACUGUGCCCCUCUUGCUGGUCAUGCAAUACAAAUUUUUUCAGAGUCCAAAAACAGCAUGACAAGUUGCAUUCUUCCAGACCCAGACGUUUUUGCACUUGAUAGGCUUGUUGGCAGAAGCGGGGUCGAUCAAAAGGUCGGACCUGGAGGAGGAAUUUUUGGCGAAGCACGCACGGAAGCUGAAGGUGGGGAGCAGCGCGAGUGGGGUGCAGUCUAUCCCCCAGAAAAAGACCGACAGGUCAUAUUUGUAAUGCAAAAAUAAAUAGACAAAAAAAUCUGUAUUGCAUGCCCUAAACAGGAUGUUAUGGCCUCGCCCAUGACAGAUUUUCCUGUGUAUUUAUUUUUGCAUUACAAAUAUGACCUGUCGGUCUUUUUCUGUGGGAUACAGUCCAUGAAGGACCUGCCCAACGUGGACCCCACGGGGAGGGAGGACUAUGCAGUGCAACAGCAUCGUACUCGUACAAAUGCAUUACAAAUUUCCUCAGCAUGAGAAAUAAAAUUUGUAAUGCGGAUUUGACUGAAUAAAAAGAUUGGUAGUGCAUGAUUGCAAUACGAGUGCGAAGAUACUUUUGCACACGAUAAAGGCCCGCAUCUGACGAAAGAACUGCAGGCGUCGAAGAAAGUGUUGCAGCAAACGAAUAAGCUGAAGAAGAAGCAGCGGAACGCCAGUUUGGGGAAAUAGGUAGAAGAUGAAUCGACCCUCAGUUGUACCAGUUUUAUAUGAUCCUCGGUGGAACGAAUACUAUUUUUUGCAAGAAGUACAACAACUUGCAAUUCUCCUGGUCAUCUGAAUGCUACAUCAUGCUCCAGUUGUCUUCAUGCUUCGGACGUAUUACUCAAGAAACGGCCCGGUGGAAGUAGUACAGGAAAAAAAGCAAAGCGCCGCUCAAAUCACAUCAGCCUGCCUUUUGUUGUUCCUUGACGUCGUAAAACCGAAUUCCAAAUGUACUCAUCCUUAAAACUUGCGCCUGCGGACAGUAGGUGGCAGUACCAAUGUGCUACAUUAUUUUCUGUAGCGUGAAAAUGAACCCGAUUUUUGAAGAUCAGGUUGAGGAAGAACUUGUUAUUGCGAAAAGAACCCG